UAACGGCCUUUGUUUUAUCACCGAUAUAAUUCGUGAUUGGUUCUUUACAAAACUGAAACAUACAUUUAAACGUCGUCUUUACGACAUGACAGCCUGCCCGGUUUUCUACAUUACAAAUUUCCUUAAAUCAUACCAUUUUUUUCAAUGAUGCACGGUCGAUUAUAAAGUUGUUAAAACGAAAUAUAUUGUAGAAGACAAUAAUCAUCAUUGUGUGUUAUCAUUCGAGGCGCUGUCUUGUAAGGAGACAAGGUAUACGAUAUGCUUCCACACCUCAUUGUUUUAAUGUGGCUGUCCACCACAUUGGCUGUUGAUGAACAUAGUAGCAGCUUACAAAUACAGAACAUUCAGGAGCAAGUAUUGGUUCUACAAGGUGCAUUAGACAGCGUUAUUCUUGAGUAUGCAAACCUACGGAAGCAACACGUGGUUCUGGAGCGAAAGUUUGUCCGUCUCUCAGACGAUUUCAAGGAGAUCAGAAUCGACAUCAGAGUCUCAUUCGAUGAAUCACUGGAACGAUUCAACGACGGCGCCAUUUUAGGUGAAAAAGGAUCAGAUGGAAAAGCCGACUUCGUUGGAGUUCCGGGCCAAAAAGGGAACAAAGGCAUGAAGGGACAAAGGGGCGAUGUUGGUCCUCUAGGGCUGGCUGGGCAAAAGGGAGACAUUGGUCCUGUGGGGAUGGCUGGGCAAAAAGGCGAACAAGGCAUAAUUCGCACAGGUGAGAAGGCAGCAUUUACUGCAAGAACAAGCAUAAACAAAGAUAUAUCCAUAUCGCAAAAAAUUAUUAUAUUUGAUAAAGUGGAGACGAAUGAGGGGAGCUAUUACGACGCGAUCUCUGGUGUCUUCACCUGUGGUGUUAAUGGUACUUACCUGUUCACAUGGUCACUAGAGGUGGCAUUGAGGUCCUACGUAUAUUCUGCUAUAGAAGUCAAUGGCUUUCCACGAAUGUAUUUGGCAAUUUCUGGUACGGAUGUAAACCAGAAUAUUGGGACGCAAACUAUCGUCCUUCAACUUGAGGUAGGCGACAGAGUGUAUGUUCGUGAGAAACACCAUGAUGUUGGCUCUGUGAUCACAGCAAAUUCGUCAUUCACGGGAAUUAGGUUCUAUUAA